AUGAGAGAAUCCGUAAGUGGCAAAGCCCUGGCCGAAUUGCCAAACGACGUGACUCACCGGAUCGGUCUUGCAUCUAGAUACCCAAGAGAAACCGUACCUUUGCCGUUGUGGGCAGAGCUUUUCAAGACGGUGAGUCCCAGCCCUUGCUUUACUUGUCACGACCGACUUCUAACAGCUCCUGAUAUUCACAGAGACCUCCUGACCCGUCACCAUCGACAGUCGCACCAGCAGGAUCAAGACCAUGAUGGGCUGGUCCAAUGCGAAGAGCGAGACUCGCCUGUCGAGAUGACACUGCCAACCCGCGAGUCUCCAUCCGUAGACGCGUCCCAGCCGCCUACUCCUCUCCCGGUGCUGCAAGAGGAUGACGCUGAUGGAGAGAAUCGUUUACUCGAGCAGAGUGAUGAGAUGGAGGAUGGGACAGAAGCAGAUCCUGAGAGGCGUACUGCAACCCCAGUCGAAACGACAACUGCGCUAGAACUCGAGCCACCCAACGUGCUAGCCACGCCCAACUUCCUCCUUGGAGCAGCAGAAGGCCUGCAAGCAUUCGAGUUCCUAUGGAACGACUUUCCCGCCGACGAUCAGCUUCUCCCAACUGCCUUCCUCAAUACCGAUCUCUCUCUCGUCGACAUGUCGCAACAGUACCCUCACUUGCCCUCUCCGCCACCGCCACCGCAUCCUCCCGCCUUUGCCCAACCAAUCCCCGGGGCAGAUGUCUCGACCAACCUGAAUCUCAACAUACCAGUCAGCAUAAAUGUCUCACGGGAUACAUCACAGACCCAAAAUGUGAUGUCGAGGCUGCCGUCUCUCGAACCAUCGUCCUCCUCAACACUAAACGCGUUGGAGACAGCUGCGAACUACCAGGCAUUUUUGGCUCCAGGACAAGCAUCAUCUGCCUGCCCCUGGCGAAUAUUGCCAGAGGAAUACCAGAGUCUUGCGCAGAGAGUAGCAUCAUUGACAAGCACCGUCCCUCACCCUUUUACCUUUCCGUCAAGGCACACUCUGUCUCGAUAUCUAGAGGGCUACUUCCGUGGCUUUCACGCUCACAUGCCAAUGCUUCACGCUGCAACUUUGACGUUUCGAGGGUUGGGCCCCGAACUCACACUAGCCCUCGCUGCCGUCGGAGCACUGUAUCGCUUUGAGCAUGCAAAGGGCAUUGAGCUGUAUCGUGUUUCCAAGGUGCUCAUCAAUCGACGGCUGGACCAGUUCUAUGAAGGAAAUGUCUCGCGUCUGACUGGAACUUCUCCCGGAUUCGCAGGGUUCACACCCGUCCACACAAGCUCGCAGCAUGAUCAGGCAUCCCCUAUCCUGUUGCAGGGGCAAUCUGGUCUCCGCCUACUGCAGGGACUGCUUGUACUCAUGGCCAUGACGUCCUGGGGUGAGAAAGCGUUGGUUCGAGAUGGCUUGUCCAUGGCCAGUCAGGUUGCAACCCUGGUUCGAGAGUUUGGCAUCAGUGAACCUGAGGAUACUGCCAUGCGUGACAUGACCUGGGAGGAUUGGACUCUUGCUGAAGAGAAACGCCGCACUCUCUUUGUCGCCUACGUGCUCUUCAGCCUCCAGUGUGCCGCUUUCAACGUUCCGCCAAUGCUUUUGAAUCAAGAGGUCAGCCUCAAUCUUCCUGCCUGCGAUUCUGAAUGGAAAGCACAGACUGCACUCGAGUGGUCCAAUCUCCGAAACAGCAACGCGUACCAGCCGAGGUCGUUCCAGCAGACUGUCGAGAAGCUACUCUCCGGGACACCUGUACACUAUGAGGGCUGUAUCUCAGCGUUUGGGAACUAUAUACUCAUCCAUGGCAUAUUUAUACAGAUAUUCCACGCUCGUAAUGCCCUGGGUCCAGCUCCUGACCCGUCGAGUUCGCUUAGUGAAGGCUUCAUAAAGAAGAUGGAGGCGGCUCUCCGCGCGUGGCAAGAAUCUUGGGAGUCAACGCACGAGUCAACCCUGGACCCGUCGUCUCCAAAGGGACCCAUGGGAUUCAACUCAACUGCCCUACUACGCCUCGCCUAUAUUCGACUGAAUGCAAACACCGGGCCCUAUCGGCAACUCUUCACACGAGAUCCCACCGUGAUUGCACGCGCGUUUACUGAUGGGAAGAUUAGAGUCUGUGAUAGAUCUCCACAUCUUGACAGGGCCAUUCUGCAGUCCAUCCACGCCUUGAGCAUCCCAGUCCGCGUCGGCAUUGCCUUUGUCGCUCGCACUCUCACACUCAAUUGGAGUUUUCAACAUGCUCUCUCCAACCUCGAGUGUGCUUUCUUGAUGACGUACUGGCUAAGAUCGCUUGCCAUCUGUGUCGAGACGUCAGGAUGGAGCGUCCUACGACCAGAUGAGCAGAAACUGCUUGACAUGGUCGUGGCGCUCGUUAGGGAAACGGAAUUUGCAGACCUGCUGGAUACUGUGAGCGACCAUGCGAGUCAAUUGCGCAUACUGGCACCGUGCGUUGCUCGGCUUUGGGCGGAGACGUUCAAGGGUUUCCAGGUCUUCGAAAUUGUAUACAUCGUUGGACAGAGCCUUUCCGUAGUAGCAGACACUCUACAGCGGGAAUUUGGGUAG